GAACUGCGUCACUUCCGGUCUCUUGACUCGCAUAGUCCGCGUGUUUACAGUGCUACUCCCAGAUGAAGGAAUUAAUAAUGAACCAAGAGAAACUUGCCAAAUUGCAGGCUGAAGUCCGCAUUGGUGGCAAGGGAACUGCACGCAGGAAGAAGAAGCUGGUCCAUAGAACAACUACAGCUGAUGACAAGAAGCUGCAGUUGUCACUGAAAAAACUGGGGGUCAACAGCAUCUCUGGGAUUGAGGAAGUAAAUAUGUUCACAAAUCAAGGAACAGUAAUUCACUUCAAUAAUCCAAAGGUUCAAGCCUCACUCUCCGCCAACACCUUUACCAUCACAGGCCAUGCUGAAAACAAAGAACUGACUGAGAUGCUGCCAGGAAUCCUACAUCAGCUUGGAGCUGAAAGUUUAACAACUCUGAGGAGAUUGGCAGACACCUUACCUAAAAUGGAUGGAGAAAACAGAGCUCCACUUGUUGCUGCAGAAGAAGAGGAUGAUGAAGUUCCAGAUCUUGUGGAAAACUUUGAUGAAGCUUCAAAAAAUGAGAUUAAGUGAGACAAACUGACAACCUCCCUGGUCCUGGACGUCACUAUGGACAUUUUAACACUUUUUUCCUUCAUGUUUUUUAUUCCUUCUCAACUGUUAUUUCAUUCUAAUUCUUAUUUAGUAAAAUAUAACAUAAUCAAUAAACCUUACACUAUCAACA